AUGGAGAAUCCACGUAAUCGCAAACAGCGACGUGCAGCUGCAGCCUCCACCCAUGAUGAACCCGAAGUCCCCAUGGCCCACCCACCGCGCAACGAUCCGACCCAAAACAAACCAACCGUCGAGAAAACAUUAUAUGACAUCAUCGCAGAGCGACAACACGGGCAAAAUAAGAAGGGAGGCAAGGUUCCACCAGCAGCAGAAGGAUUGGGCAUACCUUCUCAGUCAGGGGGAACGCGGUUUGUGACGGUCGAUUCAUCCGGACAAUUGGUCGACACCCACGGGGACAUCAACGAACAUCUCUCAGAGACUCCAGAGAGCAAAACGGGCAAAUCAACAUCAAGACCGAAGGCAGUCGCUCAACCCGAAGCCAAAUCAGAGUCGGAGACUGUGGUGGACAAGCCACUUCCCCCGUUCCUCGACACAAUUCUCCUUUCUUUGCCGCUCACCACUCUCCACCUCACCCUGAGCUUCCUAGCAGCGCAUCAAUAUGCCGAAACAACCGACCUACCAAAACUCUUCAAAGACUCCGUCACCACUGCCUUCCCUCUCCUGACAUUGUUUGUUCACCUGGCGCACGGGCACAUCAUCUCCUUCGGCAAACCCAAGUCAGGGAAUGAAAAGCCAGAUCCCUCUUUGUUCCCAUUGACGGCAGACAAGCUCAAUGUCGCUUUCCUCCGAAAGCUGGUUUUCCCUCCUGCACUGAGGACUUUUGUUUUUCUUCCUGUUGCCGCCAUGCUGGGCGCGCAUUUGAUCGCUAUCACCAAUGGUGAACCCUAUUAUGCGGUUAUGAAGAAGGCCCCAGCCGUCGGUACCAUUUGGAUUUGGUGCAUCCUAGAGUUGUCUUUUGGGGCAGCUCUGCUUGGAGCCAUGGGACCUUUGAUUUGGGGUGUUUGGUGGAUGGAGUAUGGCAUUGUCUGA